UCGUCUACGGAACAUCCCGUACACGAGUCAAAGGUAGCUUGGCACCCAAACAGGGGUGCACGAACCGUUGAUCGGGGGGGGCAUUAUGUAUGUUUCAGGUUGUUGAUAGGUCCAUUAAGUAUCCCCACUCAACUAGCUCAUAUUUCGGAGCCGAAGAGCUUAAGUCUACACGGCCGAGUCGGCUCCGAGACUCCAGAAACCUUUUCGUCGAUCGAUUCCGGCGAGGAGUUUAACCCAAGUCGACUAUGUAUAUACGUAGCUAGAAUAGUGCAUCGCUUCAUUACUUUAGUUAUCUGUCAGAGCUUUGUAAUAACAUCUUCCGCCCUCCGCCUAAGUCUCCGGAACCGAGUAUUCUCUGUGCAUACUUGGUCCUUACUUCCUGCGCUCCUUUUCCAUUUCGGAAUCCCCGUUGGCAGAACCCUGCCGUCGUACCCUUCAAUUUUGAGCAACAAUGAAUACGAUACGAUCUACAUGGUUAGGCUGGGGAGUCCUUUGCAUUGCUGGUGGUGGUGCAUACAUUGGGGCGAGAAAAUCCAUCGAUGCCGACCGGGUUUCUAAACAUGACGCCUUGAUGAAACAUAAAGCUCAAAUGGCUGCUAUGGCGAGAGCUCACGAUUCCAGCUCGUCGAACUCGCACAAAACUCGUACGAAGGGCGCUGAGAAUGCGGUUGAACCACCAAUACGGAAUCGAGAUCAAACGCGACGAGAUAAUCUAGUCCGUGAAAAUACAUCUGGGGUAUGACAUGGAGCAUCUUGAGGGGAGAACCGACGGACCUAUCCUGGUAUAGCCACAAUGGUUCUCGUGAGGAUCUAAAGGUGACCUCCAGAGACAUGUUCCAAGGUGAAGGAAUCGAACAGGCGCCUGACGAAAUGCCACCACCCUUUAUGCCGCGGGUGUGCAGAUAUGGUUAAGAACAUUCAAUUUCGCUGCAUCCUGGGCCUGAUGAUGGAGACUGGCAUUAUUUAU